ACAGAAUGAAGCAUGUAAACCGUGGAAUGCGAUGAGCGAUGAGCGGGGUUCUAAUAACAAAGCAGCUGGAGCUGGCUGUAGGGCUUGCCCGGAGUGAAUAGAGUCGUUACAGCCGAAGACUAGUCCGAUCUCUUUCUCCAUAUCCCUCGGCACCAUGGGUAUUGACCUUAAGCACCACCACGUCAAGAACACCAACCGGACCGCUCCCAAGUCCGAGAACGUGUACCAGCUCUUGUUGGUCAAGUUGUACCGCUUCCUUGCCCGCCGUACUGAUGCCAACUUCAACAAGGUUGUCUUGAAGCGUUUGUUUAUGUCGCGCAUGAACCGUCCUUCCGUCACUGUCUCCCGUUUGGUCAAGACCGCUCAGGAAGGCAAGACCACCGUUGUUGUCGGCACCGUCACCGACGACUCGCGUCUUUUGGAAGUCCCCAAGCUUUCGGUUGCUGCUCUCAAGUUCUCCAAGACCGCCAAGGCCCGUAUCUUGAAGGCUGGUGGUGAAGUCUUGACUUUGGAUCAAUUGGCUCUCCGUGCCCCUACUGGCUCCAACACCGUCUUGAUCCGUGGUGCCAAGAACAGCCGUGAGUCUGUCAAGCACUUUGGCAUGGGCCCUCACAAGAACAAGAAGCCCUUCGUUCGCUCCAAGGGUCGCAAGUUCGAGCGUGCUCGUGGCAAGCGUCAGAGCCGUGGUUUCAAGGUUUAAAUACCUUAUGUUUCUAUGGUUUGGCCGCACAGACACACAUACUCUCUCUCUUUCUCUCUCCACAUACGCGCACUCGCACAGACAACUCUUUAUCUUCGCUCAUCAAAUAAAAAGUACUUCUUCUCGCCUUGUACAACAAAUUACCAGUCGAGUUUCUACCAAGUGUUUUGAAGGGGCAAAGAAGAAAGUGGAUCAAUUUGCAGGAUGGUAUAUGUGCUCGGAACUGUGAUAAAGAUGUAGGCUUGUCUUUGGUAAUGCUGUGGGGUUAAUCGGCUUUAUGGAGACAGGUUAAUCCCA